AUGCAAGAUGCCGAGCUCAUCAAGUUGCAGGUGAUGCACAGGCAUGGCGCCCGAAGCCCUGCUGCAGGAAAGGUUCCAGGCGACAACACCGAAUGGUACCAGUGCGGCAACCCAGACGAGUUCAUGUUCAUGAACCAGGGUAAUAUCGUUGAAGGAGAGCGAUCACCUUUCAUGAAAGAAGAGUCCGUCAUCGACGGCGCUUUCAGUUAUGUCUUGUGGAAGGGCAACUGUGACGCUGGUCAAUUAACGGCGCUGGGCUCCCAUCGUAUGAACUACGUAGGUCAGGUGCUCAGACAAGUAUAUGUCAAUACCCUCGGCUUCCUGCCAGACUGGAUGGACUCAAGCUUCCAAAUCAGUCAUACAUAUAUUUGGCGAACCCGAGAGUCUGUCGAGAACUUGAUGGCGGGACUGUAUCCACUGCAAUAUCGAGCACCUGGCCAGACAUUGACAAUGCAUGUUAAGCCGAGCCUCGUCGAGACCAAGAUCGGCAACACAGCAGCCUGCCCUAAGCUCGCAGCUAUCAUGUCUUCCUACACCAACUCCAGCGAGUACGCUGCGACGCUCGCACCUUUUGCCGAGCUGCAGAAGAAGAUCGUAGCCGCCUACAACACCUCGUCGAUCAGAGGCUUCAACACCAGUCAGGACCUGUACGACACAGCAUCAGCCGCUUACUGUCAUGGGCUUGGCCUCAAGGGCAACCUGACCGAACCCGACAUUCAGUCUUUGACCAUCCCAGGCACGUCCGCUUAUCAUAACGUAUUCCGCUCGAACCCCGAAAAUGCCACGGAGGCGAAGACGCUGGCUGUCGGACCAUGGCUCCAAGAAAUCGUCGCCUCCUUCUCAGACAUGAGCACCAAGCUGCAGGUCUAUUCUGGUCACGAUGCCUCCUUGGACAUGUUCCUGUCGGUAGUAGCAGAUCCGGAUCUUCCAUGGCCGCCUUUCAGCUCGAGUGUGGAGAUUGAGCUUUGGCAACAUCGGCAGAGGGGCAAGUUGGUGAGGAUGUACUACGAGGGAAUGAUUGUGCCUGCUCACCCGCAGCUGAACUGCUCGUUCGACGGAUGUCCGCUCGACACGCUGGAGAGCUUCUUGUCGAGGUACAUCCCGACGGAUUUGGCAAGUGCGUGCAAGGUUUAG